GGAGCCUGUAACUUAUGUAAUAACCCGACUGGGCGCGAAUAGUAAAUUGUGGAGGUGUGGUGUUGCUACUGCCGACCUCCAUCUCGACCACCACGCUAUACAUAUACUCGCUGCACCCCGCCAUUGUACGAGGCGCUCACCUAUUCUCACAUUUACGUCUCUCGCCGUGCCAUUGACAUACGUUGCACAACGUCUUCGCAGCUGUCAAACAUUCGUCUCUCCACCGCCGACUCCUUGAACUUCUGCCAAUAUGCCGAGCCCUGCAAGCAUACUCUACUAUGUCACCCACCCCAAUGAGCUACGUUCCAUCAUUCAAUGGAAAGUUUGGCACAACGCGGUGCACGAGCGCGAUGAGUCCAAGGAAUGCGAGUCCCUCAAGCGAUGCUUCUUCUUCCUCGACAUGACGAGUCGCAGUUUCGCCGCCGUCAUCAAGGAGCUGCACCCCGAGCUCCUCGUCCCUGUUGCGCUUUUCUACCUGGUCCUGCGCGGCCUCGACACAGUGGAGGAUGACAUGACACUACCGCUGGAGAAGAAGGAGCCCAUUCUACGAAACUUCCAUGAAAUUCUGGAUCAGGAGGGGUGGACGUUCAAUGACAACGGCGCGAAUGAGAAGGACAGGCAGCUCUUGGUUGAGUUCAACGUUGUCAUUGAAGAGUUCUCGAAGAUCAAGCCGGCCUACAAGGUGAUCAUCAAAGACAUCACCAAGCGCAUGGGCAAUGGCAUGGCAGACUACGCGAACAACGCCGAGCACAACAUCCACGGCGUACAGACUGUGAAGGACUACGAGCUAUACUGCCACUACGUCGCGGGUCUCGUCGGCGAGGGCUUGACACGUCUGUUCGUCGAAGCCGGUUUGGCCAACGCAGCGUUGUUGAAGAAGCCAGAACUGAUGGAAUCCAUGGGUCAAUUCCUUCAGCAAGUCAACAUCACUCGUGAUAUCAAGGAGGAUAUGGAUGACGGACGGCGAUUCUGGCCCAAGGAGAUCUGGUCUAAGCACGUUGACAACUUUGAGGAUCUCUUCAAGCCAGAAUACGAGGAGAAGGCCCUGGCCUGCAGUUCAGAGAUGAUUCUCACGGCUCUGACGAGGGCUGACGACUGUUUAUACUAUCUUGCUGGACUUCGGGAACAGAGUGUCUUCAACUUCUGUGCUAUCCCACAAUCCAUGGCCAUAGCUACACUGGAAGCCUGCUUCCAGAACCCCAACCUCUUCAAGAAAGUUGUAAAGAUCACCAAGGGCAGCGCUUGCCAGUUAAUGCUCGAAUCAUCCCAGAACCUUCAAUUGGUCUGCGAAAUCUUCCGGAAAUACGCUCGCAAGAUUAGCAAGAAGAACAACCCACAUGACCCGAACUUUCUGCAGAUCAGUAUCACAUUGGGGAGGAUUGAGCAGUUCAUCGAGUCCAUAUUCCCAUCGCAGAAGCCACCUGUCGACGUCAAGUCACCCGCCAGCGUAGAGGAAGCCGAGAAGAAACAGAGGGAAGACAACGAGGCCAAGUGGGAUAUAAUCUAUAUGAUCACAGCAGUGGCGCUCACUGUACUCCUUAUCUCAUCUUUGAUGAUCUUUGUCGCCUGGAUGGCCGGUGCUCGCUUCGAUAUUGCUUACUACCAAGGCAAGGAAUCACUCCGCCAGCUUUUUGGUAGUGUUCCAAAAGAAAUCACAGAGGUGAAGGUGGCAGUUGAUCACAGCGAGCUAUGAGUUUGACGACACUAUUCUUCAUGUUCAUAUUUAUCCUAAUUGGAACUAUUCCUUUGUUAUGUGCAAGGAAAGUAUAUUGGGAGUUCUAAUUUAAUCAUUCUGCAUGAAACCUGGGUCGGUUCUCUCUACUUAUCUUGUAAUCGCAUAGCACGGAUGUCAAAUUCCAACUCCGCCCUCCCAUGGCUGUAGUUGGGCCGAGAAGUGCUUACAUCGAAUCGUGCCUUGCUCGGCGACGAGGCUGCUCUGAGACUGCUCUCCACUUGGGGGUUACAACUUAGAGCAGUGGCACGAACAUUCCCUUGCAAAACCAUAGCUGCGUUGAAUAC